CCCAACACCGUAAUGUAUAAAUUGGGGCAACAGAAAGAAGAAGAAAACGAAUAAAUUAAGCAUUUGCUAAUUUAAAGUGCAAUAGUGGUUGCCUACCCAUACGCGACAUAAAAAACAGGCCGUCAAAUACAUAACCUAUACCAACAUAUCCAUGACAUUUUUACAAAACUUCAAAUAUAUAAAGUUUCUAAGAAGUUCGUUGAAGUUAAAUCAACACAUCAUUAAUAAUUUCGAUAUGCCUAAACGCAAAACAACAAAGAAUGUAAAAUCUGUUCCUAAACAACCUCAAAACAUUCCUAAAGAAGAAUUGAAAGAAUCUUGUAAAGAAAACGAGUCCCUUUCAAGUUUUAAGAAAGAAAAACCACCUAGUUUAAGUCAUAAAAGAGAUCAUGUUAAAGUUGAAUAUGAGGAAGUUCCAAAAAAAAUUCUUAAAUAUGAAGGAAUUGGACCUGCUAAUUGGGAAGUUGUUUUAGAUAAUUUAAGGGAGAUGAGGAUGAAUAAGGAUGCUCCUGUUGAUAGUAUGGGGUGUGAUCAAUGUCCUGAUACUACAGCAGAUCCUAAAGAUAAGAGAUAUCAAGCACUUUUAUCAUUAAUGCUUAGCAGCCAAACUAAAGAUGAAGUGACUUAUGCUGCUAUGUUAAGACUUCGAGAACAUGGUUGUACACUUGAGAAGAUUUCAGAAAUUACAGAACAAAAAUUAAGUGAAUUAUUAUAUCCAGUUAGUUUUUAUAAGAACAAAGCUAAAUAUAUAAAAAAAUCAACUCAAAUGAUUAAAGAUGUCUUUAAUGGUGAUAUUCCAAAAACAGUUGAAGAAUUAUGUAAACUUCCUGGGGUUGGGCCAAAAAUGGCACAUUUAUGCAUGAAAACAGCAUGGAAUGAAAUAACUGGAAUUGGCGUUGAUACACACGUGCAUAGAAUCACCAAUAGAUUAGGUUGGGUUAAAACAAAAACACCAGAAGAAACUCGAAAAGGCUUAGAGGGUUGGUUACCAAAGGAAUUAUGGAGUGAAGUUAAUCACUUAUUGGUUGGGUUUGGUCAACAAACAUGUAAACCUGUUAAACCGCUUUGUGAAAGUUGUUUAAAUAAGGAUUUAUGUCCGUUUGUAAAAAAGAACACAAAGAAAAGUGCUAAAUAAUAGUAUUUUAGCAAAGUGUAAUUAAAGAAAAUAUUACAUAAAGAUAAUAUAAUACA